UUGCGCGGUCACAUUUUUCCGAGGAGCGCAGAUUCCCAUUCCCAAUUUUAGGUGGCGGUCACAACUCAUACUAUUUGGACAGAUGGCACAGAAACCGCUGCGCCUCUUGGCUUGUGGAGAUGUUGAAGGAAAGUUUGAUAUUUUGUUCAAUAGAGUUCGAGCAAUUCAGAAGAAAAGUGGAAACUUUGAUCUGCUGUUGUGUGUAGGAAAUUUCUUUGGCUCCACCCCAGAUGCUGAAUGGGAGGAGUAUAAGACUGGCAUCAAGAAAGCUCCUAUUCAGACAUAUGUGCUUGGUGCUAAUAACCAGGAAACAGUAAAAUAUUUCCAGGAUGCUGAUGGAUGUGAAUUAGCUGAAAACAUUACUUAUCUGGGUCGUAAAGGUAUCUUCACUGGAAGCUCGGGGCUGCAGAUUGUGUACCUCAGUGGCACAGAGUCCUUAAAUGAGCCAGUACCAGGUUAUAAUUUUAGUGUCAAGGAUGUGUCUUCUCUGAGAACGAUGCUGUGUACAACCUCCCAGUUUAAGGGUGUUGAUAUCUUGCUCACAUCCCCGUGGCCCAAGUAUGUGGGGAACUUUGGGAAUUCUUCUGUGAGUAGUACUUGUUCACAAAUAUGUUCUAGAAACCAUGUCGUUCUACAGGAAAAUGCACAGCAUGCCACCCGGUUUAUAGCUCUGGCAAAUGUUGGAAAUCCAGAAAAGAAAAAGUAUCUUUAUGCAUUCAGUAUUGUUCCCAUGAAGCUAAUGGAUGCAGCAGAACUGGUAAAACAGCCUCCGGAUGUCACUGAAAACCCUUACAGAAAAUCUGGGCAGGAAGCAUCCAUAGGAAAGCAAAUUCCUGCCCCUGCGGAAGAAUCAGCCUGUCAGUUUUUCUUUGAUUUAAAUGAAAAGCAGGGAAGGAAGCGUUCAUCCACAGGUAGAGAUAGCAAAUCUCCUCACCCAAAGCAGCCUCGCAAACCUCCUCAGCCUCCAGGACCCUGCUGGUUUUGCCUUGCUAGCCCUGAAGUGGAAAAGCAUUUGGUGGUCAACAUCGGCACACAUUGCUACCUCGCCCUGGCCAAAGGAGGCUUAUCUGAUGACCAUGUCCUCAUCCUGCCCAUUGGACACUACCAGUCAGUGGUGGAGCUUUCAGCAGAGGUGGUAGAAGAGGUGGAGAAGUAUAAGGCCACACUGAGACGGUUCUUUAAGAGUCGAGGGAAACGGUGUGUUGUAUUUGAGAGAAAUUAUAAGAGCCAUCACCUCCAGCUACAGGUCAUUCCUGUCCCAGUCAGCUGCUGUGCUACUGAUGACAUUAAAGAUGCCUUCAUUACCCAGGCCCAGGAGCAGCAGAUAGAGCUGUUGGAAAUCCCAGAGCACUCUGACAUCAAGCAGAUUGCACAGCCAGGAGCAGCAUAUUUUUAUGUUGAACUUGACACAGGAGAAAAGCUUUUCCACAGAAUUAAAAAGAAUUUUCCUUUGCAGUUUGGAAGGGAGGUCCUGGCCAGUGAAGCCAUCCUUAAUAUUCCUGGUAAAUCUGACUGGAGGCAGUGUCAGAUCAGUAAGGAAGACGAGGAGACCCUGGCUCGCCGCUUCCGGAAAGACUUUGAGCCCUAUGACUUUACUCUGGAUGACUAAACAAAGGGAAGACCUUUUUAUGAACUUCAUAGGAAGUAGUAAAGCCUUUUUCUUUUUUUUUUUUAAUUAGAAGAAUUUUUUUUGAGACAAGGUCUCGCUCUGUCACCCAAGCAGGACUGCAAUGGCGCAAUUUUGGCUCACUGUAGCCUCAACCUCCUGGGCUCUAGAGUUCUUCCCACCUCAGCCUCCUGAGUAGCUGGGACCACCAGGCGCAUGCUACCAUGCCUGGCAAACUUUUUAAAUUUUUGGGUAGAUGGUAGAGACGGGGGUCUCCCUGUGUUGCCCAGGCUGGUCUGUAAUGCCUAGGCUUAAGGGAUCCUCCGCCUUGGCUUCUUAACCUGCUGGGAUUACAAGCAUGAGCCACCAUUCCUGGCCUAGAAGCAUAUUUUUAAAGAAACUACAAUCUCCCAUGGGGACUGUUUCCCUGCCUCUUUUGUGCAGUCCCAUGGAACUUGCCUGCAGCAAGAGGCCUAAGAUUGAAUCUUUUUGGGGAAAAGUCAUUCUAGGAUGAAAAUCCUAUGUUAAGGCUGGGCACAGUGGCUCAUGCCUGUAAUCCCAGGACUUUGGGAGGCCGAGGCAGGUGGAUCACCUGAGGACUGGAGUUUGAGACCAGCCUGGCCAACAUGGUGAAACCCCGUCUUUACUAAAACUACAAAAAUUAGCUGGGUGUGGGGCCAGGUGCUUGUAAUCUCAGCCACUCGGGAGGCUGAGGCAGGAGAAUGGCUUGAACCCGGGAGGUGGAGGUUGCUAUGAGCCGAGAUUGCUCCAUUGCACUCCAGCCUAGGUGACAGCGAAACUCCAUCUCAAAAAUAAAAGAAUAAAAGUAUGUCUGUCAUCCAGCUUCAAGUACAGCUUGUGUAUAUCAACAUUUUCAAAAACCUUUAAACUACCAAAUGAAAUCCAGAUGUUUUUCCAUGGUU